UUAAAUAGCGCUCCCCUAGUCACGUGAUCUAAGUUUCCCGCAAUAUUUUGAGAGCUGUGCCGUGAGCGAGAUAAACGUGCAAACAUAUUAUUGAAAAGUUGACAACUUGUCAUGGAUGGAGAUACAACGCAGCCGAACGGGGGGGUGACUGGCAGUGAGAAGAGGGAAGGGUACCUGGAGUGGCCGGAGUACUUCAUGGCCAUCGCGUUCCUCUCCGCUCAGAGAAGCAAGGACCCCAGAACACAGGUCGGAGCAUGUAUUGUCAACAAGGAGAAGAAGAUUGUUGGGAUUGGCUACAACGGGAUGCCCAAUGGCUGCAGUGACGACCUGAUGCCAUGGGGGAGGGAUGCGGAGAAUGUACUCCAGACCAAACAUUUAUAUGUUUGUCAUGCCGAGCUGAAUGCUGUGUUAAACAAGAACUCUGCGGACGUGAAAGACUGUACCAUAUAUGUGGCUCUGUUUCCGUGUAAUGAAUGCGCCAAGGUCGUCAUCCAGUCCGGCAUCAGGGAAGUGGUGUACUAUUCGGACAAGUACCACGACAAGCCCGAGUUCAUAGCGUCCAAGAAGCUGCUGGAUUUAGCUGGAAUUACUUACAGACAAUAUCGGCCAGCCAGACAGCAGAUUGUGAUCGACUUCAGCUCCAUCGAGGCCCUGAACAACAAUGUGGCAGAAGACCUAAAGAAGAUCAAUCUGGACGAGUCCGGAACUCAGUGAUGACUCAGUGAUGACUUGUCGGGAAAGACGAUUGUGGCGGGAGCCAAGUGGAACAUGCUUGGGCUUCAUCAGCAACUGGGGCGUUUUGUUCUCUCAAGUGUCUGAACGUCGUCAAGUUGUCAUGAAGCUUGAAACUUGUUAGGUAUAGUGUGAGUGAGUGAGUGAGUGCG